AUGACUACUGUCAUCGUGUUGCUGCUGCUGCCCGUUUUGUUUGCCAGUCUUUUCACUCCGUUGAGCCAUGCCUCACCCUCCAUUCUCUCGGAACAGAAUGCUCCAAAACCUAGGCACUCAAAACUACUUAAGAGUGCUAUACAACACCAAACUUCUGAUGAAAAAAAGGCUGAGCUAUGGAUGCCUUUGGUCGACCAAGGAUGGAAACCCUGUGUUGAAUCUGACACACUCCCCACUUUGCCAGAAUAUUCUCAAGGAUAUAUUCAGGUUUUCCUUGAUGGAGGACUAAAUCAGCAGAGGAUGGGGAUUUGUGAUGCAGUGGCUGUUGCUAAAAUUUUGAAUGCAACUCUUGUGAUCCCUUACCUUGAAGUAAACUCUGUUUGGCAAGACUCAAGCACUUUCUUGGAUAUAUUUGAUGUGGAUCACUUCAUUAAUGUGUUGAAAGACGAAGUAUCUAUAGUUAAAGAGUUGCCCGACGAAUUCUUUUGGAGCACACGGGAAUAUUAUGCUACAGCCAUUCGGGCUAACAGAAUUAAAACAGCACCUAUUCAUGCUUCAGCAAACUGGUAUAUCGACAAUGUCUUGCCUGUCCUGGAAAGUUAUGGUAUUGCUGCAAUUGCACCGUUUUCUCACCGACUGGCAUUUGACAACAUGCCCAAGGACAUCCAACGUCUACGGUGCAAGGUCAACUUUCAAGCAUUAGUUUUUGUUCCUCGCAUCAGAGAACUUGGAGAUGCUCUCAUCAACCGUCUCAGAUAUCCUCCUGGUGAUAAUGAAGUUGUUGGUACUAAGUAUUUUAAAGAUGUUAGCAAUGCUAAAAGCAAGCAAGGAACUGGAAACUUUGUUGUCCUCCAUCUUCGAUUUGAUAAGGAUAUGGCUGCCCAUUCCGCCUGCGACUUCGGUGGGGGUAAGGCAGAAAAACUGGCUCUAGCUAAGUAUCGACAAGUCAUUUGGCAAGGAAGGGUCUUAAACUCUCAAUUUACCGACGAGGAGUUGAGAAGUCAGGGACGGUGCCCAUUGACUCCCGAAGAAAUUGGAUUGCUGCUUGCAGCUCUGGGAUUUGACAAUACUACUCGUUUGUAUCUCGCCUCCCAUAAGGUGUAUGGUGGGGAAGCCAGGAUCUCGACCUUGAGAAGUUUGUUUCCAUUGAUGGAAAAUAAAAAGAGUCUUUCUUCUUCCGAAGAAAGAGCCAGCAUUAAAGGAAAGGCUUCCUUAUUAGCCGCAGUUGAUUACUAUGUUGGCAUGCACAGCGAUAUCUUCAUUUCUGCCUCUCCUGGAAAUAUGCACAAUGCUAUGGUGGGACAUCGGACAUACCAAAACCUGAAGACUAUAAGGCCUAACAUGGCAUUGUUGGGGCAGCUUUUCCUGAAUAAAAGCCUAACUUGGCUAGAGUUCCAAGAGUCUGUGGUUGAAGGUGCUGAUGCUGAUGCAGCUGCUGGUAUUGUUUGUGGUCUAUAA